CGACACCGAUCUUUAGUGAGGGACACAAUUGACACUCACUAAAUAUCAAUAUAGAAAGAAACAAAGACAAAGAUUCCGAUUCUAACAUUGUAGAAGAUCCCAAUAUGGUAUCUGCCUUGUAUAUACUACAUUGGCCCGAAUCGGAUCUGAGAACUCUGCAUAGCGAAUUAUUACUACAACGAAGGUAUCAUAAUGAUAUACCGAAUGAUAAUUUAGUCCUAAUGGGAUUCGAUACCAUAUAUACUCAAUUACCCAGUCAUGAAAGAGGACCCUUUUUAAAUUUACGAGGAAUUAAUUAUAUAUAUAUUAGAGGUAAUAAUGAUAUCAUUCUAUUAGCAGUUACUCCUAAAAACAUUAAUGCAAUGCUGAUAAUAGUUUUCCUUAAACGAUUUUAUGAUGUACUAUAUAAUUAUUUAUGUACAAUUCAUCAUCAUAAUGAUCAUAGUUCAGAUGAAUUUAUUAAUACAAAAUUAGAUAAGGAUAAAAUUCUUGAUAAUGUUAAUUUAAUAUUUGAAUUACUUGAUGAAUGUUUGGAUUUUGGAAUUAUUCAAAUAACUGAUUAUAAUAUUUUAAAGGAAUUCAUUAAAGUUGAAGCUAAUUUACCAAAAUUAGCUAGUGGACAAAAUGGUGAUAUUAGUGAUGAAGAAGAUUCAAAUUUUGUAUCUGAUGGUAAAUCCAAAUCUCUGUCCCUGGGUAAAUCUUCAAAUACUAAGGCAAAGAAUAUUACUUCUACACAUAAUCAAGCCAUUAGAACAGAUGUAAUUGAUCAAGAUUCUUCAUAUGUAAAUAGUUCAAUUUUAAGAACAUAUUCACUGGCAAUUAAUUGGAGACCAAAGGGGAUAUUUUAUCCGAAAAAUGAAGUAUAUAUCGAUGUAAUUGAGAAUUGCGAAUUCUUAUAUGAUUUAGAGGAAGGAGUUAUUAGAAGAAAUGUAAUUCAUGGAAUAAUUGAAGUAAAAUCUUAUUUAUCAGGUAUGCCAGUUUGUAAAUUGGGAUUUAAUGAAAAGAACAUGUCCAGAAUAGAAAAUGAUGAUUUAUAUGUAGCCGAAGCACAUCAUGAAGAAAUCCCUGAAAAUCAAUUGAAACAAGAAGAGGAUGAUGAAGAUGAUGAAGAUGAUGAAGAUGAUUUAGGGAAUGGACCUGAAGAUCAUAAAGAUGAAUCAGUACGAUUAGUUGAGGAUACAAAAACCUCAGUAGAUGAUAAUAAUGUGAAUGAAACUCCAGAAGGAUCUGAAAAACGAUUCCAUAUACCCUUACGAGAUAUUCAAUUUCAUCAAUGCAUAGAAUUGGCCACUGUAUAUCGAGAUAAUAUAGUAACAUUUAUCCCACCUGAUGAUAAAUUUACGCUCAUGACAUAUCAUGUUGAGCAACAAAAACAAAAGAGGAAGUUACCUUUAAUAAUGAUAAAACCAAUAUAUAAGAUUUAUCCUGAAUCUAAUAAGGUUCAAGUACUUUGUGUAUUGAGUACUAAUUUCAAAAGGCGACUUCAUUGUCGAAAUUUGACUAUACGAAUUCCUAUUAACCCUCAUAUAUUUAAUGUGAAUACUGAGUUAAAGGGUGAUUCAUUAAAAUUUAAGGCAGAAUUAGGUGAAGUCAAUUUUAAAAUUGAUACAUCUGAAUUAUGCUGGACUAUUGAUAAUGUAAAUGGGAAGAAAUGUGUACGAAUGAUGGCAGAGAUAGCAUUAAUUGAUGGUAAGAACAUUACAUUGGACAUUAUAGAUAAGUAUCUUCAUAAUAAGCAAAUCGGAGAUUCUGAAAAAUCCAGAGGAAAUAGUAAAAUAGAGGCGGAUCAAGCAGAUGAUGAUGAUGAAGAUGAUGAUGAAGAAGAAGAAGAAGAGAAAUAUAACGAAACUAUUAGCGAAUUAGAUAGAUUUUAUGGAGUGCAUGGACAAUCAUCAACUAUUCUGAAUGAAAUAAAGAGGAUUUCCAAAUUAAGAUAUGACUACAAUGAAAUUCAACUAAGUUUCAAUCUUCCUCUGUUAACUUAUUCUGGUUUGAAACUAAUUUAUUUAAGUAUUCAAGAAGAUCAAUUACACUACACAUGUUUCCCGUGGAUAAGGUAUAUGACCAAAUCGCAAAGGAAACAGACAGAUAAGCAUAAUACUACUAGUAAUACAAAAGACUAUCGAUUUAGAUUAGGUAAAAGUUGUUUCCAACUAGUAAAUAGUUAAUAAGUUAACCAUAUGGACCCCGACUUUAUUAAAUAAAUAUAAUUAAUAUAAUUAAUAUAAUUAUUAAUAAAAAGU